AUGUCCACCAAUGACGCCGUGUUCCACCGCCGGAACAAACCAAUCCAAGAUGCCAUUGACGGGCAGAAUUUCAAGCAGGCCCUGCAGCUGAUUGAGAAGCGCAUGAAGAAGGGAGAGGACACCCGGUUUCUCAAAGUGUGGAAGGCGCACGUUCUUUUUCGGCAUGCCGACGACACCCACCGUCAGCGCGGUAUCGCUGAGACCCUCGACCUGUGCAAAGUGGACCCCCCGGCGACCGAUCUCGAUACGCUGGACAUCCUUUACGAGUCCUUGCAGAAGAUUGGGGGCCAGGCAGAUGCCAUGAGAAGCAUAUGGGAGAGAGCCUCGAAAGCCAAGCCCCAGGAUCUGGAUCUUCAAAUGAAAUGGUUCGAGCUUGCGUUCGAUGGCGACGAUUGGAAGUCGGCACAGAAGGCUGCCAUGACCCUCCAAAGCAACUUCCCUAAGGACCGAAGAUACUACUUCUGGGCCAUCUUCCUCAGCUACCUCGUCGCCGUCGACGAGUCCAGCUCGGAGGCUGAGAGUAAGCUGUUCGGUACCUUGGCCUAUCGCAUGGCGUCGAAGGCUGCUGAUAGCGUCCCUUCUGAUCCGAAAGAGCUGCUAAGCCCCCCACGAGCUAUUCAAAAUGCCGAGGAGCUUCUUCUUCUCGCAAAAAUCUUUGAAUCUCAAGGGCGGCAUGCUGAACUUGUGAACAUCCUUAAUAGCCAAUCCGUUGGAAUUAGCUCUCGAAUCAUCCAAAACGAUUGGUCUUUCGUCGGGGUGAAGCUCUCUAGCCUUGAAAAGGCUCAGAUGUGGACUGAGGGCCUGUCCUACACAAAGGACCUGCUCGCAAUCCCCACUACCGAAGAUGAGCGCAAGGCUCUUCAGGAGCAUGACGACUGGGCAGUCUGGAGCCUACUAGUUGCUGCGGUCCGGAAUAUCAACAAUCAGGAGACUCUUGAGGAAACUCAAAAGUUUAUCAAUGGGUUCAUAGAAUCUGAGCCAAAGUCGCGCAAUGCGCAAUUGGCCCGUCUGGAUCUGAUUCACUUCCAGUUUCAGUCGGGUAACCUGAAGGCGGAUGAGCUGGUGGCUGCGUGUCAAGAGUACUUUGAUCGUAACAAGAACAAACUUUACUGCUUUGGUGACCUGCAAACCUAUUUGUCGGCACUCGAUAAGGACGCCUUAUCAAAAUUUGUGGAGUAUACAAUCCAGGGUCAAGAGGAGGCGAGUGACAAAAAGAAUGAUCCUUUCAAGGGCGUUGCCGUUAUCAAUGCGCUGAAGUUAGAGUAUUGCUUCCUGCUAUCGGCCGACGAAGCAAAUGCGACCAAGUCAAAGGUGGAAGACUUUGCCUCACGCUGCCUGCAAAAGUACCGGAAGGUGGAGCGGCCGGAACGAGAUGCUGCGUCCUCUACGAUUGAGAGUCAGCCCAGCGACGAUUUGUUGCUGCUCGCUGCUAUGAGCUUGAUUCGCUUCAGUGAAACCUUGGCCUCAGACAACCAGGAACAAGUUUUGAAUCUCAUGCACAUUCGCGCAGCAGCCAUUCUGGAACGCCUCCUCCAGGAUUCUCCCCAUAACUAUCAAGCACUACUUCUUCUCGUGCGAAUUUAUCUGCGCCUGGGUGCAGGAUCACUGGCUCUGAAGACGUUCAGCAAGCUCUCUGUUAAACAGAUACAAUUCGAGACCGUCGCCCACAACCUCUUCACACGUCUUGCCACAAUUCACCCGCAGUCGGCCCCGCCUAUCGAGGGUGCGGAGUACAAGGACUUUAACCCCCAGUCCGCCUUCGUUCAGGCUCUUAACUUUUACCGGACUGCUGAAAUCACCACAGUUAGGCACCGGUCCAACGGUUUGGACUAUGGCAGCUACGUGAAUAUCGAAGGGACCAUUGAUCUUCAGAAGCGUCUUAAAAAUAGCAUCUGUCGAAGGCUUUGGGCGCUCGAAGUGCGACGUAUUCAGAGGCUGGUCGGUGGCGAUCCGAUGGGCCGUUUUGAAGAGAUCGCGAGAGACACAUCGCCUUUGGUCGAUCAGCGUGUAUUCGAUGCAUUCAUGAACUGCGAGGUCUCGGGCAAACCAUCCUUGGAAGAGCGGGUGCGCCCGGGACCCUUGCCUCAGGAGCAAUGGGUGAAAUCGACUAGGAUGACAGAUGAGCUAUUCGGGCUCCUCAAGGACAUAAUACUUCAGAAGCCCAUCACUGCCCAACCUGAUCUGCCUAACCUUGAAGAACUUGUGGGAUCCAAUGCGACCUCCGAGAUGACCCAGCCCGAGAUUGAGGGGGUCAAGGUCAACCUGGACCUCUUCAAGGUGGCAGCAUACCUCGGCGGAUCUAAAGCUGUCUCCUCUGAACAAGUCGAAAACAGCUUGACCCAGGUGGAGGAAUGGUUGAACGAGAAGUCUCAGCAACUUUCUGUGGAAGACGGCCAAAUUUCUAACGCUGUCUCGAAUACCGCAAUUUUCCUGAAGUCGGACAUCCCAACUGCUCCGUCAUGGAAGAGCUUCCAUAAUCUUUUUGUCGUUUUGGAGUCCUUGAAGGCGGUGAUUUUUGUCGCGACCAUUGUUUCUAGGAAGACCCCCAAGGUUCCCAAGGUUCCGAAAGACCAAGUAGCACGUUUGGGUGAAGCUGCACGCCAGGUUCACCAAGCGAUCCGAGUCAAUGUCCGCACGCUGAAGUCGCGGAUCUCGGAACCUGGCAUGCUUGGGUCCUUGAUCGACCUGGUCGGAAGUGGUGAUGGUAAAAGCGAGGUUGGCCCUGAGCUACGGGCUGAGCUAGAGAAGACCCUUGACACAUCUGCGGUAGAGAUGUUCUGUGGCGAGUUGAUGGAGAGUUGGGAAGAAGGGCUUGCCGGACUGUUUGCCGUUACUCUAUAA